AUGUCGCUCUCAAUACCGAAUGCGCCCAACAGCGGCCUAUUCAAGGCUGGCUACCAGAACUACGAUGCCGAAGACGGCGCAGUUGUGCGCAACAUCGACGCAUGCCGAACCAUCUCAGACACGGUGGCCACGUCGCUAGGCCCCUACGGACGCAACAAGAUUGUCAUCAACCACUUGCAGAAGAUGAUCCUCACGUCGGACGCCGCCACCAUCCUCCGAGAACUCGAAGUCGUCCACCCUGCCGCCAAGCUGCUGGUCAUGGCCAGUCAACAGCAAGAAGCCGAGAUGGGCGAUGCUACAAACAUGGUCAUCGUGCUGGCCGGUGAACUGCUCAAGAAGGCCGAGGAGCUGUUGCGCAUGGGCCUCAAGACCAGCGACAUUGUCGUUGGUUACGAGCGUGCCGGUCAGGAGGCCUUGAGGGUCCUGGAAGAACUCGAGGUCGACCGUGUCAAGGAUAUGCGCGACCAGGAGGAGCUGUCCAAGGCACUGCGCACCGUCAUUGCUGCCAAACAGUCGGGCCACGAGGACGUCCUGGCCAACUUGGUCGCCGAGGCUGUGCUCGCUGUCCUGCCCAAGAACACCUUCAACUUCAACGUCGACAACGUCCGUGUCGUCAAGAUCAUGGGAGGCUCGAUUGAGCAGUCGCGCGUCGUCAAGGGUAUGGUCUUCGGUCGUGAGCCCGAGGGUACCGUCAAGAAUGUCCAAAAGGCAAAGGUCGGAGUCUUCAGCUGUCCCAUCGACAUUGCACAAACAGAGACCAAGGGCACCGUCUUGCUCAAGAACGCCCAGGAAAUGCUCGACUUCACCAAGGGCGAGGAAUCACAAAUCGACCAGGCCAUCAAGGAGCUACACGAUUCAGGCGUCCGCGUCGUUGUUGCCGGAAACUCGGUCGGCGAGCUGCCCAUGCACUACCUGAACCGCUACGGCAUUCUCGUCAUCAAGAUCAUGUCCAAGUUCGAGCUCCGCCGUCUCUGUAGAGUCGUCGGUGCCACUCCUCUUGCCCGCCUCGGUGCCCCUAUGCCCGACGAGAUGGGUGCUGUCGACAUUGUUGAGACCAUCGAGAUUGGUGGUGACCGUGUCACCGUCUUCCGUCAGGAAAAUGACACCACCCGCACCGCCACCCUGGUCCUCCGGGGUGCUACUCAAAACCACCUUGAAGAUGUUGAGCGUGCUGUUGACGAUGGUGUCAAUGUGGUCAAGGCCAUCACCAGAGAUGCCCGCCUUGUACCCGGCGCCGGCGCCGCUGAAAUGCAACUCGUCGAGCGCAUUUCCGCUUUUGCAGACAAGACCUCUGGCCUCUCGCAAUACGCCAUUCGCAAGUACGCAGAGGCCUUCGAAGUCGUACCUCGUCUUUUGGCAGAGAGCGCCGGUCUCGAUGCCACUGAGAUUCUCGCCUCGCUCUACACUGCCCACAGCGACAAGUCGUCAAAGGACAACAGCGUCUGUGGCGCUGGUGUCGACAUUGAAAACAACAACGGCGAUGGUGUGCUCGAUGCUCAGGAGGAGGGCAUCCUCGAUCUUAUGGUUACCAAGCAAUGGGCCAUCAAGCUCGCUACCGAGUCCGCAAGAACAGUCCUGAGUGUCGACCAGAUCAUUGUUGCCCGCCAGGCCGGUGGCCCCAAGCCGCCGGGUCCUAACCCCAAUUGGGAUGAGGACUGA